AUGAUGCUCCGACGAGGAUUUAUCCUCCUUCUCCCCCGACUUGUAGGCCUGUUGGUGGUGGCCUGUUGCUUGGUGUCUAUUGUUUAUAUGUUGGCUUGCACACCCAAGGGUGACAACCAGCCACUUGCCUUGCCCAGGGUGCACAGUCCGACUGCAAAGGAGGGAUAUGAAGCCAUUCUGCAAGAGCGAGAAGAGCAAAACCACAACUACAUCAUCAGCUUGAAGAAACAGAUUGCACAGCUGAAGGCUGAGCUCCAGGGCAGGAACGAGCAGCUUAAGAACGUGCAGGACCAGUACCCAAACCCCUCGGACAUUCGGCUUGGCCACAGUAAGCCGGAGAAGGCCCAGGCUAACCUGCUGGCUUUCCUCCGUUCCCAAAUAGACAAAGCAGAGGUGCACAGCGGCGUCAAGCUGUUGACGGAGUAUGCGGCUGUGCCCUUUGAGAGCUUUACCCUGCAGAAGGUGUACCAGCUGGAGACAGGGCUGACGCGCCACCCAGAAGAGAAACCUGUGAGGAAGGAUAAGCGAGAUGAGUUGAUCGAGGUGAUCGAGUUAGCUCUUGGGAGUUUGAACAAUCCAGAGGGGGACAGCAAUGCAAAACACCGUGUGUACACAACCUCCGACUUCAUUGAAGGGAUCUACCGCACAGAAAAGGACAAAGGCACAUUGUAUGAGCUGACUUUCAAGGGAGACGUGAAGCAUCAGUUCAAGAAGAUUGUUUUAUUCCGGCCAUUCGGUCCUGUAAUGAAAGUGAAAAAUGAAGAUGUCGAUAUGGCUGACACGCUUAUUAACGUCAUUGUGCCUUUGGCCAAGAGAGCCAGCAAAUUUCGGCAAUUCAUGCAGAAUUUCAGGCUUAUGUGUCUCAAAUCNNNUGGGAGAAUUCACCUCACUGUGGUUUACUUUGGAAAAGAACAAAUGAAUGAAGUCAAAUCAAUACUUGAAAAUACCUCCAAAUCAGCCAACUUCAAGAACUUCACCUUCAUCCAAUUGAAUGAAGAAUUUUCCAGGGGCAAAGGAUUAGAUGUUGGUGCUCGGUUUUGGAAAGGAAACAACGUUGUUCUCUUCUUUUGUGACGUGGACAUAUACUUCACAGCUGAAUUCCUCAACUCCUGUAGAUUGAACACACAGCCAGGGAAGAAGGUGUUUUAUCCUGUUCUUUUCAGCCAGUAUAACCCCAGUAUAAUUUAUGGCCACCAUGAUUCCAUCCCAUCUUUAGAACAGCAGCUGAUUAUUAAAAAAGAAACUGGAUUUUGGAGAGACUUUGGUUUUGGGAUGACCUGCCAGUACAGAUCUGAUUUUAUCAACAUAGGUGGCUUUGAUCUGGACAUUAAAGGCUGGGGUGGUGAAGAUGUACAUCUGUACCGCAAAUACCUUCACAGCAACCUCAUCGUGGUCCGAACACCCGUCAGGGGGCUCUUCCAUCUGUGGCAUGAAAAGCAGUGCCUGGACGAGCUGACCCCGGAGCAGUACAGAAUGUGCAUGCAGUCCAAGGCCAUGAACGAGGCUUCUCACGGCCAGCUUGGCAUGCUGGUGUUCAAGCAGGAGAUUGAGAUGCACCUGCACAGACAGAAACUGAGCGGGAAGAAGACGUGAAGCCAGAAA